AUGGAGCUGUGCUUGUCCCACAAGGGUUUGCGGAGCUUCGAUGCCUCGACGCUGUUGCUGGGGGCCGCUGAGGGGCCCCGCCAAGAGACGAAGACUCCGUCGCGGAACCGCCAGAUCGCCGUCCGUGCGCUGGAUCUGUCGCACAACGGCAUUGCCCGCUUUGCAGGGGGCCAGGCGCUGGCCGCGCUGGCGGUGUUGGACCUUUCCCACAACUCUCUUGCGACGCUUGACGCCUCGAGCCUUCCUGGGGGGCUGGCACGCCUGAACGUGGGGCACAACGCCCUGCAAGAGUUACAGGGUCUGUCUAGCUUUACGCCGAGGCUGCAGGAGCUGAACAUCAGCUUCAACCGUCUGACCAGCCAACGUGUUGGUGAGCUCCCAAAGCGGCUGACGACGCUGCUCUGCCAGGGCAACUUGCUGGACUCCGUGCGGCCCUUGCUCCCCCUUGCGCACCUCGUCAGCCUUGACCUGAGCUCCAACCAACUCGCCGACGUGGAAGAGCUCCAGAGAUUGAGGCAGCUGCGGGCGCUUCGUUAUAUUGAGCUGCGUGGAAAUCCCGUGAUGAGCGCCCCGGCGGCGGUUCCGUCGAUCCUUGAGGCCGUGCCAAAACUCAUUGCGCUCGAUCGCACGCCGCUCUCGCAGGCGGGGGAGAACCAGAUGUUCAAAUUCCACCGCUCUAGAAGUGCGGAGCGAAACCAAACUGCAUCCCAGCGGCGGACACGCAGGAGGUCGCUUUCCCGUAGGUCGAGCAUGCGACGGCAGGAUAGCAGGAGUGAGACGGAGGUGGAGGUACGCCUCUUGGAGACCCGCGUGAAGGAGCUGGCGCGGCUUUUGAGCGACGCCGAAAAGCGGGAGCGGCAGCUGCGGUAUCAAAAGAAGAUUUUGCGUGAACAAGUAUCGGCGUGUGCAGGGGUCAUAGAUUCCCAGUCCAUGGAGUUAGAACGACUGGCGAGGCGGAUAGGUGAGUUGAAGGAGGAAGAGGCGUCUCUGCGAGAGCCAGUCGCGGAGUUGGACCAAACCUUUGAGCAAACCCAUGCGUCCCUGGUGGCGCACAGGCUAAAUCAGUCCUCCGGGAGUGUCUGA